CUUUGCAUUUCACUGUGCAAUCCAACAUUCCCGGUAGAACAGCCUAGUUUCUGAAAUAAAUAAUAAAUAUAAUUUUAAUAAAAAAAUAUUUUAGUACUAACAUAUACCAAGAUGAAAGUACUAUUACUUCUUGUGUUAGGGAGUGUCAGUUAUGGGUUGGUGUCAGGAGCAGUAGGCCUGGUGACGCCGGUGUUCACCCCCGUGCACGAAGACAACACCGUCAACUAUGACCUGAUCCCGGUAUAUGCGGAGUACUUGGCGAGAAACAACCUUACUACUUUGUUGGUCGGAGGCUCCACCGGCGAGGCCAUGGCGCUAUCGAUGGCGGAUCGCAAGGGCGUGCUGGACGCGUGGCUGCAGGCGAGCAAGACACAUGGACUCAACAUCAUCUACCAGACUAUUGGAGCCAGCUACCCUGAUGUGCUGGAACUGGCAAGAUACAGCGCCAAGUCGGGAGUAAGCACGCUAAUAGUGGCAGCAGAUAUGGGCUACCUACCGCGCUCGGCUGAAGAGCUGGUGGGCUACCUGCAACGAGUGGCGGAGCAGGCGCCGGGACUCACUCUCGGGUACUACCACGAGCCAAGGAUCACGCAUGUUAAAGGUAGGUUUGGCUGGUGUUUUGGAGUGGAAGGAAGUGUUUCUUCCUUUCCUCAGUUCCUACUCAAUUUAUGUUCAAGAUAG